UUUUGGAAGUGAAAGAAAGAUCUUCUGAAACUUUGAGAUCGAGACUUUCCCCAGGGUAGGUGAUAACCUGGUGGUUUUGGUGCUAUCUAGAGAUGAGACACCCAGAUUCAAUUCUCUGUUUUGAAAGAGUCUGAACAGGUUCUCCCCUGUGAGUCCCCAACCUCCUGGGCUGUUGGCUGUUGUGAAUUUCUCUUCCUCUAGGUUCUAGGAGCUUCCCUGAAAUCUGUCGAUUUCCAAAGAGUUCCUGUCGUGAUGAAUCACUACCUCCUAGUGUUGCAAACAGACUUCAACUGCAGAGAUACAAAUUGGGCCCAUGAGACUGACACAAGAUCCUAUUCAGGUUUUGCUGAUCUUUGCAAAAGAAGACAACCAGAGUGAUGGUUUCUGGUGGGCUUGUGACAGAGCUGGAUACAGGUGCAAUAUUGCCCGGACACCAGAGUCAGCACUUGAAUGUUUUCUUGAUAAGCACCAGGAAAUAAUUGUUAUAGAUCACAGGAACUCCAGAUAUUUUGAUGCAGAAGCUAUCUGCAGGUCUAUCCGUGCCACAAAGCCAUCAGAACACACUGUAAUACUUGCUGUGGUUCCACGCACAUCUUCUGACCAAGAAGAGGCUUCUGUUCUUCCCCUUCUUCAUGCAGGCUUUGACAGGCGAUUCAUGGAGAAUAGUAGCGUAACUGCUUGUUACAAUGAACUGAUUCAAAUAGAACAUGGGGAAGUGCGAUCUCAGUUCAAAUUACGGGCUUGUAACGCAGUGUUUACAGCAUUAGACCAUUGUCAGGAAGCUAUAGAAAUAACCAGUGAAGAUCAUAUCAUUCAGUAUGUUAAUCCAGCCUUUGAACGGAUGAUGGGCUAUCAUAAGGGAGAGCUUAUUGGCAAGGAACUUACUGAACUACCAAAAAGCGAUAAAAACCAUGCAGAUCUCUUAGACACUAUCAACACAUUUAUUAAAAAAGGAAAGGAAUGGCAAGGCGUUUAUUAUGCAAGAAGAAAAUCAGGAGACAGUAUCCAGCAGCACGUGAAGAUAACACCCGUGAUUGGUCAAGGAGGGAAAAUAAGACAUUUUGUGUCGCUCAAAAGGCUGCGUUGUACCAAUGAAAACAACAAACAGCUCUACAAGAGCCACCGUGAUGAGAAGUAUACCGGCGACAAUUCUCAGUCAGAAUCCCAUUCCUUCAGAUGCAAGAACAGAAGGAAAGACUCGAUUGAUGUUAAGUCAAUAACAUCUCAAAGUAGUGAUGCCCCAAGUUUGCAGACCCGCCGGUACUCUUCAAUGGCAAGGAUCCACUCAAUGACAAUAGAAGCUCCUAUCACGAAGGUUAUUAAUAUAAUUAAUGCUGCCCAGGAAAACAGCCCCAUCACAGUAGCAGAAGCCUUGGACAGAGUUCUGGAAAUCUUGCGGACAACAGAACUUUACUCCCCUCAGCUAGGUACCAAAGAUGAAGAUCCUCACACAAGUGAUCUUGUUGGAGGUCUGAUGACUGAUGGCUUGAGAAGACUGUCAGGAAACGAGUAUGUGUUUUCUAAGAAUAUGAACCUGAGCCAUAGUCACCUUUCAGUGCCAAUUACCAUCAACGAUGUUCCACCUUGUAUCGCACAGCUCCUGGAUAAUGAAGAAAGCUGGGACUUCAAUAUUUUUGAGUUAGAGGCUGUUACAAAUAAAAGGCCAUUAGUUUAUUUGGGCCUAAAAGUUUUCGCUCGAUUUGGGGUCUCUGAGUUUUUAAACUGUUCAGAAGCAACAUUACGAGCCUGGCUGCAGAUGAUUGAAGCCAACUACCAUUCCUCCAACUCCUACCACAACUCCACGCACGCAGCGGAUGUCUUGCACGCAACGGCAUUCUUUCUUGGCAAGGAGAGAGUUAAGGGAAGCCUUGACCAUUUAGAUGAGGUGGCUGCAUUAAUAGCUGCCACCAUUCAUGAUGUAGAUCACCCUGGACGGACCAACUCUUUCCUGUGCAAUGCGGGCAGUGAAUUAGCUGUCCUUUACAAUGAUACUGCUGUCUUAGAGAGUCACCACACAGCACUGGCAUUUCAGCUCACAGCUAAAGACAGCAAAUGCAACAUUUUCAAGAAUAUUGAUAGAAAUCACUAUCGGACAUUGCGCCAGGCCAUUAUUGAUAUGGUUUUGGCAACAGAGAUGACAAAGCACUUUGAGCACGUGAACAAAUUUGUGAACAGCAUCAACAAGCCAAUGGCAUCUGAGGAGACCAGCUCACACAGUGAAGGCAGCGAAUGUGAAUGUACAGCCAAUAUCAAGAAUUUUCCAGAUAACCAGACACUGAUCAAGCGCAUGAUGAUUAAAUGUGCGGAUGUAGCAAAUCCAUGUCGCCCCCUAGAGCUAUGUAUUGAAUGGGCUGGGAGGAUUUCUGAAGAGUAUUUUGCACAGACUGAUGAAGAGAAAAGACAGGGUCUGCCUGUUGUAAUGCCAGUAUUUGAUAGAAACACCUGCAGCAUACCCAAGUCUCAGAUUUCCUUCAUUGAUUAUUUUAUAACAGAUAUGUUCGAUGCGUGGGAUGCAUUUGCACAUCUGCCUGUUUUGAUGCAACACUUGGCUAAUAACUAUAAACACUGGAAAACAUUAGAUGAGUUAAAGUGCAAGAGUCUCAGGCUUCCAUCGGAAAACAACAAUUGACAUUAAGGCACGAAAAACAGACCUCUUGAUCUACCAGUUUCACUGUGAAUCACUUACUAACUUGGAUACAAGAGGGAUGGUGUUUUCCUUUCAAGUGAACUAAAGACUAACGCAAGAAGGAAAUACUUUAUCCAUCACUUUUAAGCUGCUCUAAAUUCUACAACAAAGAUGUUUUCAUGAAGGGUGUGUAAUCCAGAGAUGAGUUAAAAACUCUUUGGAACUAUCAUUUGGUGGCAGAAAAGGUACUUUUGAAGCUAAUUUCUACUACUGAAUAUGCAUUAGUCAAAUCUUGUAACUGAUAGAACUGUAUUCACUAACACUUCACACAACUUUCUCAAGCAGAAGGGUGAUCUGUUCACCAGUAGAAUGAAAAUAGGUUGACAAAUAAGCAUAAAAACCUCCCACUUACCUAACAUAAAGUUGUUCCAACUCUGCAUGUGUUCUUAAGCUCUUUUGACCAUAGUUCUAAGGAGAACAUGCACAACAGAUGCCCCCCCCCAAGAAAUUGGAUACAGUGAAAAAAACCUGCACCAUUUAAAACAACUUUUUUUUUUUUUUUAAACUAUUACACAGGCAGAGUAUAAAGCUGUCAAAGUACCACCUGCUCUCUCUUUUCCAUAUCACAUCUUGGUAUUAGAGUCAAAUUUACUUUAAAUUGCUUAAAUAACGGAAGAAAAUAAGCAUGUUCUGUAUACUUGGUGCCAUCUACCUUUUUCUCUGCCUUCAUAGAGAUGUUACUGUGCAAUGUUUUGUCAAAUUUUACAUAUAAACCAUUGUGGUAAUGAAUUGAUCAACACCCUUUUUUAUAACGUGGUGUUUGUACACAUGGUCAUCAAUUUUAUUAAACCAAUAUAAAUUUUAUGACAAGGCCAUAUAUUGUGCUACUUACUUACAGUACGAACCUGUAGCUUUUUUAAAAGAGUUUCCAGGUUAUAAAUUAUAUAACAGCUUUAUAAUUUGUACUGCUUUUUCCCUCCUAAUAAAAUGCUGUUUUGUUUUGUGAUGUAAAAAGUAUUUCAAAAGAUGUAAAUAAGUUAGAAAUUGAACAUAGUUUUUUUCAUUAGUUUUAACACAUUAAAUUUAUGCUAAAGCUUCCAAAGCACAAAUGCGUAUUUUUGUACAUUUCAUUUUAAUUACAUGCAGAACAUGAACAUAAGUUCACAUUUUAGCCUAUUCUCAGAUAUUUUUUUUUUUUUCAGUUAAUAAAUACUAGCGAAACUGCUGAUUUUUAACACUGUGCACUCCAGGCUGCAGGCAAGAGUGUCAAAGCUGUGACUUCAGCUAAGGAGCUAGUCCAUUGCUCAGUAAAAGGAAAGGUCCUGAGAUGCACUCUUUACCACCCUUGUGCUGUGCUGUGCUAAGAGUUGAACAAGGUAAAGAAAAAGAAUGAAACUUAGAUGGCUGUGGAAGAAGAGUGACAGUGAUCAUUGUUUACUGCAGGUAGCUUACAUAAUGUGCCAACCUUUUUUCUAUGUUUUGUACCAAGUUCCUGAAAACAAAUUGAAACAUUCAUAAAAUAUAUGUGCAGAGAAAUGUAUAUAAGCUAUAUUUUUGUUAGAAUUGUAAUAGAACCUUACUUUUGUCAUAGCUAAGGCAGGUUGCUGUGUAUUAAAAUGCUGCAUUGUGUAUAUUUGAAGAAUGGUGUCUUUGGUAAAGUACCUAUAUUAAUUAUUUCUUAUUAUGUAUUUCAACAUUUUUCAAUGGAUUUUUAUUCAGAUAAGUUGAAACUCUGUUUUUUGUACCAUAAACUGUUGGCUUUUAUCAUUCCUUUGUU